UUUUUUCUCCCGGCAUGCAUUUCGACUCGCGAAUAUCCAAACACAACAGCGCGUGACAAGUUGUCAGAUGCAAACAUGACGAUUUACAUUUUAAAUUUCAGAAAAUAAACCUAUGGGAGACGUGUUGCUGCGCUGAAAUAACAGAACAUUGAGGAUGACGAGGGGAAAGUGGCAGGACAGGGUGAAGGCGGUGGAGCAGAGGGCGCUAACCUAUCAGUCCGCCCCGAUCAGCUGCCCUUAUAAAGCUCGUCUCUCCCAGCCGUGGCAGCCGUCCUCCGUGUGGAGACUGUUCCCUCGGCAGAAAGACGCCAUCGCCUUCAGUCAGCACUGCAAACAGGACGUCCGUGUGUUUGCUCUGGAGAAAGAGAGCACAGACGCAGGACAGAGGGUGUAUUUAGUGACCAGCUACACUGAGCUCUGGCACUACUACAGUUCUCAUAGACGCUCGCUUAUGCACUGCUAUGAGGUGAUUCCUGAAGGCGCCGUGUGCAAGCUCUACUUUGACCUGGAGUUCGAUGCAGCCUCUAACACACACCUGGAUGGCACCAAGAUGGUCGCUUCUCUGAUUCAGUACGUGUGUGAGAAGCUGGAGGAUGUGUACAGGCUGAGGUGCUCCGCUAAACACGUGCUGAACCUGGACUCCAGCACAGCCGACAAGUUCAGCCGCCAUCUCAUCUUCCUGCUGCCCGACUGUGCGUUCAAGGACAACCGGCACGUGGGGAGGUUCAUCCAUCACAUACUCAAACCAGCGAUGAAAAAUCUCCAUAAAGGCUCGGAGAACUCUCAGGAUGACGUCAGCGAGGAGCCUCAGUCAAAGAAAACGAAGCAGGAUGAGGAGGACGGACAAGACCUGAGCUUUCUGAUAGUGAAGGGAAAGGAGGGACUAAAGCAGCUCUUUGUGGAUCUCGGGGUUUACACCAAAAACAGAAACUUCCGGCUGUACAAGUCGUCCAAGCUAGGGAAGAACGCUGCUUUCUCCGUAGCGGAGGACAACGAGUUUGUCCCGGAUGCCAGCAAGCAUGCUACGGAGGAAGAGAGAAUAUUUCUAGCCUCUUUGAUCACCAACGUGAGCUUCACGUCUCAGAGGAUUCUGACAUUCGAUACACCAGAGACGACUUCGAACGAAUCUCGGGGUUCGGCUCAACACGCAAGCCUGCACGACUCGGAGCUCGCAGGUGAACAUCAGGCGUCUCCAUAUAAGGAACUGGAUGACUUCGUGCUGAAGCUGGUGUGCAGAGACGCCAUUCAAGGAAACAUUAGGCGCUGGACGUACUUCGCAUCGGAGCAGCUGCUGGUUUACGACAUCGAGAAGUACCGCUGGUGUUCGAAUGUGGGACGCUUCCACAAGAGCAACAACAUCAUGAUCAUCAUAGAUCUGAAAGAGGAGGUUUGGUACCAGAGGUGCCACGAUCCCGAGUGCAGAAGACAGAACUAUCGGUCCUCGAGUUACCCGCUACCACAGGAAGUGUGUAUGAGCUACAUGCUGAAGGAGGACGAGGACGAUCAGCAGUUCCUCAUGGACGAGCUGGGAAACAUCGAGGCGAGUCCGCGCUGCGCCCUGGAAGACGGCACCGCUUCGUACGCGCAGGAGUGUUGGGGUGACGCUAACGAUGACGCGUCGUACCUGGAGGCGCUGAACGAGGUGGAGAAGACCAUGGAGGAAAAGGAGGAGAUUCCCGAUGAGCUCAUGAUCCAGGCGCUGACUGAGUGUGAGAAUACACUCGUCUGAGGAAAUGACAAAAUGAAUAAACUAUACAGUAUUUUUAUUGCAUAACUUUAUUGGUUUAAUAUCAUAUAUUGUAUAAUUUAUAAUUCAUAGCACAGCUGUAGGAUUUUAUCUGCAUAUUACGUGUGUGUUUUAUUAAAAUGUAAUUUGUCAAUGCAAAGUGGUGUGUGAUUUAAUAAAUUUUUCCUUU